AUGGAAGAGGCCACUCUGUCUGCCGUCCUCGCAGUGCUGCCUCCGUGGGCAACUGCAACCUUGGCCUUCGGCACCUUUGUCACGGCCUUUGCCAUUGUGGCCUCGACGCAGGCCCUGCUGACCUGGGACACCAUCCACUGGCCAUGGUCCCGGGUUCUGCAGCGUGCGAAAGGCGGGCUUCCUUCGUUGCGAGACCCUAAAACGGAUGCCUACAGCAGACUGCAGAGCAAUGACCUUCGCCGCCGAGAGACUUGCUUGCUGAAGAAGUUUCAGUCGCUCUUGGACCCCUCCCAGGUGAAUGAGAACGCCCCUUGGACUGAGCAUGCUGAGCUCUUGCGCACUCUUCUCAGAGGUGGAUAUCUGAGCCUGGACAGCAUCACCACGCGAGAGGGAAUGCUGGAUUUCUUUGCCAGCCAUCGGGUCAUGGCACGACAGGAGUGCCUUUCCUGCUGCCUGGGUAUCCGCAUGACAGUGCACUACAACUUGUUCUGCGGUACCAUCCUCGCCCUCGGCAGCGAGGAGCAAAAAAGUUGGCUGAAAGAUGCCCAGAGCGCUGGACUGCUGGGCUGCUUCAUGCUGACGGAGACUGGCGCAGGUGUUCUCAGCGGUUUGGUGGUGGAAACAGUGGCCACCUGGGUGUGGAAUGACAACCAGGGACGAGGGGGCUUCGAGCUGCAUACGCCAAGCACGUCGGCAGAGAAGACCUGGAUCUCCCAGGGCUUGGCUGCCGACUACGGCCUGGUUGUCGCUCAGCUCGUCAUCGACCAGAGGUCACUGGGUGCCCACGUCUUCCUUGUAGACAUGCGCUCCGAAGGAAUCUCGCGGGAGUGCAUGGGAGAGAAGACGACCUUCAACGCGCUCGACAAUGCUCGAGUGUCUUUUAAUCACGUGCAGCUGCCGGCGACCGCCCUGCUGUCAAGACUAUGCCAUGUACAGCCCCACUUGAGCGGAAACAGCUGGCACGCUGAGUAUGUCUUCGCAGGAAAACGGCCGCCGACGUUUAUUCAAAUUGCACAGCGCUUGUUGUCCGGCCGUAUGUGCAUUUCCGACUCGGCGAUCACUUACUUAGAGGGUGUCCUGGGCGUGACAAAGAAGUACGCCGAGGGCCGCUUGGUGUGGGUCGACAAGGAGCGCAAGAUGCCCCUGGCGGACCUGCCGUACAUGGCGAAAGGUUUGGAGAGUGUGGAGGUUGGCCUGACGGUCCACAAGGCAUUCUUACUGCUCGUGCAAAGUGAUUUUGCCCAGGCUAUCGAAGCCAACUCCGAGCUCUCGCGUGCGCUGGUGACGCAGAUCGCCGCCGCGAAGGUCGAAGCUGUAGACUUUGCUAUCAAGUCCCUUGCGCUGCUGCGCCGGGACGUGGGAUCCUUCGGGCUCAUGGCAUCCUCACCAUUCGGGUCCAACAGCGAUAUUCUGCUCUGCUGCCGAUUUGCAGAGGGCGACAGCCGUGUGUUGCAGCAGAUGGUGACGAGAGACCUCGUGCGAGCUCACUCGAGAUUAUCGGCCGUCCUUCGUCUUUUCUACAGAGUGCUGAAGGCCUGGCUGUCCGGGGCGCCCCAUGGCUCUGCCAAGCUCCGAUACCUCCGGGACCAACGCCUUCUGCAGCUUCUCUGCGUCCUGGGCAAGCAGCACUGGAAAAUCCGUCGGCAGGGUGUCUCGAAGGCCCAGGCCGAGAGCGACGCCUGGCUCCAAGCUGGUGAGCUCGUUUACGACGUUGCGAAGACGCACGCCCAGCAGCUCAUCCACAGCACAGUGGAGGAGAGGUGUGGCAGGAGCGUUGAAACCGACCGCUUCAUGGACAUGUGCAUCAGCGACUGUGAGGCUCGCCAUGUCUAUUGA